AUGCCGCAGUCAGGCGACUUCAAGGAAGCCCUCGCCAACACUUCAGCCGCAAAGGGGCGGUACACGCCUGAAGAUCUGUACCUUCGCGGCUCGCAGCUCCUCGCUGACAGCCACCGGCAUGGUGUGACCUCGAUGCGCGCGUUCAUUGAGGUGGACGCCGUCACGGGGUUCAGAACGGUCGAUGCGGCUGUCAAGCUCAAGCAGGACUUUGCCCACCUGAUCAGGGUGCAGAUCUGCGUGUUCGCCCAGGACCCUAUCUUCUCGGGAGACAGCGGACAUCGCAACAGGGAGCUCCUUCUAGAGGCACUGGACAAGUACGCCGCGGAUGUGGAGGUGCUGGGGACGACUCCGUACGUGGAGGCGGAUCAGGAUGCGGCGGUCAAGAACAUCAACUUUGCCAUCCGGACGGCUAUAGAGAGACAAUUGUUCCUCGACUUUCAUCUGGACUAUCAUUUGGAAACGCCACAGACCCCAGCACCAGGCUCGCUGCUCGAAACUUUGCUUAAUCACCUCAUUGAACACAAGUGGACCGAGCGAGCCUCGAAAGACAGACAGGCCAUUGCUAUCGGUCACUGCACAAGGCUGACCACCAUGGACUCGUCGGUGACGGAGGGCGUAGUGAGCCUGCUCAAAGACAACAAGCUACCAGUCCACUUCGUCGGCCUGCCGACAAGCGACCUGUACAUGAUGGGACGGCCCAAGGCACCACCAGAGCACGCAGGGUCCAUUAGCCAGCCGCAUUCUCGCCCGCGCGGGACAAUGCAGAUCCCCUCCAUGAUCAAGGACUGGGGGCUGGACGGAUGCCUGGGCGUGAACAACGUCGGCAACGCCUUCACGCCCAGCGGCGACGGCGACCCGCUGCAGCUGGCCAGCUGGGGUGUCCUUCUAUACCAUGCCGGCACCGGGGCCGAUGCCCAGGUCCUCUACGGGUGCGUCAGCAAGCGGGCGAGGAGGGCGAUUGGGCUGGUCCAGGAGGAGGCGCGGCCAGAAAUACCGCACUCUCAAAACUUGGGGCAUAGUGUACCCGUUCCUGGUCUGCUUGUCAGAAACGCUGAAUACGUAGAAGUGCCUGGGAAGAGUGGCGACGAGCAUGAUCAGAUCAGGGUGUGUGCCCGCCAGAGGCUGAGCGUCAAGGAUGUGGUCUGGGAUCCUCCCUCGUUGAGACAUGUUCUGAGAUGA